AUGGACAGAAUCGAUACCAACCAUGAAGAUCAGAAGGCUCUGGAAGCUCGGAAGACUUCCAUUCAUGACACUUUGGUAUUAUUGACACAUUAUUUUCCCACAUACGACGGGACAAACCAUCUUUACUCCCAGUGGGACCGUUGUGCUGCACUUCAUCAUCAUAUUCAGGCUCUCAGAGACAAGGUGGCUGCCUUGAAACCCACAGAGACAAUCGACGAUGGUGACCAAGAGCUAUAUAAUAAGCUCAUACACGAUGACAUCUGGUAUAUGAUCGAGAUUCAGCAAUUUUUGGAUGCCGAGCGUUCCCUCUUUUCUCUUUUAGAGAACGCAGACAAUAAUCCCAUAUUCGCUGCCAAACUUCACCGAAGCCUGCUAGGACUUUAUGAGAGAACUGGCCGUAGCAUUCUUGCCAAGAAAUCUGCGUCCUUGGAGUUCGAGAUUAUUGAAAGAGAUUCUCAGACUGUGAGCAACGAUAUUGCUAAUGCCUGGAGCAAUAUGGACUACACAAGAGUUUCUGCCUUUGAGGCUUUAGAUGGGAUAAUAUAUCUUGAUAAGGCGAUCUUGAUGGCUAAGGAUGUGCCUGAGCCAAGGCGCUACCAACAGUUCAGCAUUGACCGCUUCUUGCGCAACAGAGGACGAGCCAACGCGCAACUGCAACGCCUCGAAGUCGCUUUGAGUGAUUUUUAUCAAGCUGAGUACUACCAAGAGAAAAUCCAUGGACCAAGUAGUCAUUAUGAUGGAGAGACACAAUAUGAGCGUGCCAAGAUUGAAGCCCGGCGAGGCAACUUUGAGAGAGCGUACUCACUCGCCUUCAAAGCUUGUGAUCUGGUAUCUGUAGAUAAGCCUACACAUGCAAGUGUGAUGGCAGCACAGUACCUCCUAGGAUGGAUUGCUAUGCUCCAAGGAAAAAAUACUCUUGCGUUGAAGCACUUUGAGAAAUCGCUGGCUAUUUCAAAACCCAAUGAGCACCAAAGAGGGAACUCGGGCGAAUCGGCCAGGAUUGAAUGGCGUAUGUCACAGGUCUUGGAGCGCAUGGGCAGACAAGAAGAUGCCAUGACUCUUCGAGAGGCGGCUGUAAAGGUCAAAGCUAGCCUGCUUGCUACCGGGGACUAUGCUCAGGUUAAAGAUGAGGAAAGUUCCUGGGAUGCUCUGGUCGGCUUACUUUAUCGUUGA